AUGACUCGUCCACCAUUAAAUACAUCCAAAAGCGGAAAUGCUAUCGAUGAAAAUCGUAGACCAUCAAAUAGAGCGCUCAAAUUUAAAAAGUCGAUAACUACAGCAAGCCGUAAAUUUAAUUCAACUGUGAAAACUCUAGAUCGUUUAGUAGGAGGAGCAGAUGUUCCCGAAGAAAGUGCAGACGUAUCGAAACCAUCGGAAGAAACUGUAGAGCAAACUGUUGUAGUGGAAUCAACAUCUAGUGUGAAAACUGAAGAUGGAAAACUUAUUCGUACAGCUGGACCAUGCUGUACUUGUAUGUCACAAGUACCAGGAUCAACCGGAGAUAAGAAGGUGGAUGAAAUGAUCGACUAUGUGCAUCAAAAUUUACAAGAAGCGGGUAAAGCACUGGCUACCUUAGGCGAGAACUUUGAGCACGAUUCAAAGUUAAUGUUCGCUGACAUAUUUGGUCGAAUACAACAAUGGAUUGGUUUGGUUCAAAAUAAAUUGGACAUUUGUAAGAACGAGAUCGAAUCAUUGCGUAAAGAAUUGAUAGCGCGAGCUUGUGAAAUCGACAAUCUGAGGAGAUUAUUGGCAGAAUGUGGGGAACGAGAGAAAUCAGUGGCAACUACUCAAACGGUUGAACCUAGAAUAAAUCUCGGAUCACCUGAAGCUCCAGUUCCAGUUCCAGUUCCAGUUCCAGUUCCAGUUCCAGAAGUAGUGACAAUGGCAACUCCAGUCUAUGAAUCUGUUACUAAGGAAAUACCAGAAAAAAAUCCUGAAAGAGAGCCUACCGUAAUAAAGGAGUCUGUCGUAAUGAAAGAACCUGAAAAUAUCGAAAUUAUUUGUACCGACGUAGCUAUUCAAUCAAUUUUGAAAGACAAAGACAAGAUGAGACGAGAAAUUGAACUUGAAGCUGAGAUAGCAAGGCUUCGCAAAGAAAAUGAGCGUAUAAUAAAAGAACGUGCCGAAUAUGAGAAUGCGAUACAACGAGCGUUGCUGCGAGGUGUUUCCUCAUUGAAUGUCGAAGCAUUGAGAGUUAUGCGUUGUCCACCAAUUCCAUGUUGUACUCCUUGUGCACCUUGUCCUGCUUCUACUAUGGAACCGAUUAUGUCUUGUAAGAAGGAAGGCGCGUCGGCCGCGAUCGCUAAAGGUUGCGUCACUCAACGUAGUGGCUCUUGUGGAAAAACGGCUGUUCGCGAACAAGGUUGUUAUACUGUAAAACGACCUUGUGCCAGUCCUUGUUGUUCUGCUGGAAAAAGUCGAAAGUCUGCAUCAAACAAUAGCAUGGUAUUUCUUCUUCAUCAGGGAGACACAGAGAAUAUUUGUGCCUCGAAUAACACGCCAAUGUCUCGAGUUUGCGGUUCACCGGUCAUGAAAAAGAUUGAAAUACCACCGUGUCCUAGAUUCAUUAUAUAAUAACGUUCACAGUAUAUAAUAGUAAUAAGCACCUGCUUCGUGAUAAAAGUCCUGAAUUGUUUUAAAUAAAACAGACGAACCACUUAAAUUUAAAGUUAUUGAUAAUUUUUCAUUUUAUGAUGUGGAAAUAAUAAAGAAACAUGAUAUUGAAAGUAUAAAUAUAACUUUAUAUAACAUCGUCAGAAAAAUAUUAUAAAUAUUAAACAUCCAUUCUCAUAAAUAACAUUAAGAUAUUUUUCAUUAUUCAAUGUAAGAUAGAAUUGGAGGACAUACCAAAGGUUGCGUGAUAUCGUAUCGAACCUCAAACAUCAUCGACACACCGCAAUCCAAUUCCAAUGAUUUAAAUACGAAGUUAGUUUGAUUACUUAAAGCAAUUAAUUCGAUAAGAUAAAACUAUAUCAAACGACGACAUAAGUGAAUGUGUCAAAACAUUUCGAAGUCAUGCAUUAAUAAUAAUCAUACAUAAUUCAUUGAAAAAAUUUCGCAAUUUUUUUUAUCGAUUCUUUUAGAUUCUUAAACGUUUUUCGACACACAUUGUAUGGCUGAAAAAUUGUGCGUCGAAACCACUGCUUUCUUUUACGAAAUUUUUUAUACACUCUUAAUAAAGAUUACAGAGAUAUAAAUGUCAAUUGAGUAUUAAAAUUCGUUAAGUAAUGAGUAGUUGCACUUCUUUGAUAAGAGACUCAAAAAUAGUAGAAGGAAUCACGAUGACAGAAUGUAAAGACAGUACGAAAUUUUUUAAAACGUUUCGUGUUGUAAGAC